UAGAUUCAGUCGAUGAGUUUCUCUCGCUUCUGCGCGUUGCGUGUUUCGCAGUGUUUCCGCGAUUUUUUCUUUGUCAUCAUCGUUGCCCACAGUCGCCGCUCGUGCGCCCUUCCCGCUUUCAACUGUAGUACGGUGUUCGCUUUUACGGUUCUUUCAAUUGCCAGUGAAGUGAAAAUAAAAAUUGGGAAUACGCCAGACAUUCAAAAGCAAAAGUAUUUCUGUUCAAGAAAGGGUACUAUCACAGUUGCAGAUAAUACUUAAUUAAAUUAUAACAAUAGCUAGACUAGCAUUGAAACAACAAGCAAUCUGUACAUUAAGUAUCAGCAGCAACGGUGUCCAGUGGUAGUGGCAGUGAUAUCAGACAGCGGUCAUAUAUGUACAUACAUAUGUACAUAUGUACCAGUACCUUCGACUGCGUGUCCUUUGCGAACUGGGAACCCCAUAAGCUGGCUGCAUGAAAAACAUAACCAGCUCGAGCACCUGCAGCACGGGUCUGCUACAAUUGCAGAACAAUCUGAACAGCAGCGAAUUGGAUAUUGUUGGCAAAUCAGAAGCAGUCGGUCCCGGCACCAUACCAUCUCCUUGGACCCCAGUGAAUGCCGGUCCUCCAGGUGCACUAGGGUCGGCUGACACAAAUGGCAGCAUGGUGGAUAGUAAAAACUUGGAUGUUGGUGAUAUGAGCGAUGAUGAAAAGGAUUUAUCGUCCGCCGAUGCCGAGGGUGUCUGGAGUCCAGAUAUUGAACAGAGCUUUCAAGAGGCAUUAUCUAUAUAUCCACCAUGUGGACGUAGAAAAAUUAUUUUGUCGGAUGAGGGAAAAAUGUAUGGUCGCAACGAGCUUAUAGCAAGGUACAUUAAACUGCGUACUGGAAAGACGAGAACCCGGAAGCAAGUCAGCUCCCAUAUCCAAGUGCUCGCCAGGCGGAAACUGCGGGAAAUUCAGGCGAAAAUAAAAGUCGAACCCAAUUGUGUGUCCUUGCAUUUAUUAAAUGACAAAGAACAGACUCUGCAAGCCAUGAGCACGAUGACUAGUUCACAAAUUGUUUCUGCCCAAGCAGCCAAUAAUCUGGCACUGGCUGCUUCAGCGCUGUCCGUGGGUAUGCACCACACGAAGAAUAACCCACAUCCCGCUCACCAACACCAGAUGGGUGUAGCCGCAGCAGCAGCAGUAGCUGCUGCAGCAGCAGCCGCUGCAGCAGUGUGUCAGCCGGCAGUAGGUGCUGUUGCUGGGCCAUGUUCAACUUCAGUCUCAGGGCCGCCGCUAAAUUCGUCUUCUUCACCGCGACACUAUGCCUACUCUCACCACAACCAUUCCCAUCACAAUCUGACACAUCUCCCGCACAGUCAAUUGCAUCCCCAUCACCACCAUGCGGCGGCCGUUGCAGCAGUUUACCACUUCCAGCAGCAACAAAAACAGCAGCAGCAAAGUGGGCCAAGCGAGACUGACACAGGCGCAGUGUCACCGAUUCUUGAUGUCUCAAUCACGAGUCAGGGCCUGGCCCCAACACCAUCCCAGCCGUUACACCAUCCGCCGUUGUAUCCGGGCCAAUUUUGGCAGCCUGGACUACAGCCAAGCACCUCGCAAGAUUUCUAUGAUUACAGCAUCAAGCCGUUCGCACAGCCACCAUAUCCUACGGGUAAACCAUCAACGGCCGUAUCCGGGGAAAUCGAAGCUGGUAUUCCGUCCGCACAAUUGCCAUGGGAGGGACGCGCUAUUGCUACGCACAAAUUCCGCUUACUUGAGUUCACUGCGUUUAUGGAAAUCCAAAGAGAUGACAUGUUAACAUCGCAGUAUAACCGCCAUCUUUUUGUGCAACUCGGCGGCAAGCCAUCAUUCUCCGAUCCGCUACUUGAGACAGUUGAUAUCCGACAAAUAUUUGAUAAGUUUCCGGAAAAGUCUGGCGGGCUGAAAGAUCUCUACGAAAAGGGUCCGCAAAAUGCGUUUUACCUGGUAAAGUGCUGGGCUGAUUUAAAUACCGACAUUACGACAGGCAGCGAAUCGGGUGAUUUUUAUGGCGUAACGAGCCAAUAUGAAAGCAAUGAGAACAUCGUGCUUGUAUGCUCGACGAUUGUUUGCUCAUUCGGCAAGCAAGUGGUGGAGAAAGUAGAGAGCGAGUACUCACGCCUGGAAAACAAUCGCUACGUCUAUCGCAUCCAGCGUUCACCUAUGUGCGAGUACAUGAUUAAUUUUAUACAGAAGCUGAAAAAUUUACCCGAACGUUACAUGAUGAACAGUGUGCUAGAGAACUUUACAAUAUUACAAGUAAUGCGAGCGCGAGAGACGCAAGAGACACUUUUAUGCAUAGCGUAUGUUUUUGAGGUGGCAGCGCAGAAUAGCGGCACCACGCAUCACAUUUACCGUCUUAUAAAGGAAUAGCAAGAGCUGCAUGAAGCAGCGCCUAAUUUGUCCGCAAAUCCCACCAAUGCACAAAUCAGCGAAUACAGUAGCAACAACACCAACAGAAUCAAAAAUACAAAUAAAAAUAUCAAUACGAUUAGUAGCCACCAUAACAGCAAUACCAACAGCAACGCCAACGAUAAUAGCAAAAAACCGCAAAAGUGUGCUAAAAUAGAUAUUACAAAUGGGAACUCAUCAGAAUUAGAAAAAACUAUUAAACAGUCACCGACCUCACCGCAGCUACAGCAGCAACAGCCACAUUUACUGGUGCAACAGCAACAGCUUGAUACGAUAGCUGCGCUACAGGUGGAAGAGGUUAUAUACGCACAGAACCAAGCUGAAAACACCUAUCAGUCACAACAGCAGUUGCAUGCGCGACUAGCACCAAAUAUGCCACUGCAGGAAGAGACAACAAUCCGAAAUCAACAGCAGCAUCGCAUAAAUGCGCAGCCGUUUAGCGCAUGCAUCUCAAGCAAAAAUCAGCAGUUUGGGACGGAAAAACUAGAGCAAAAACAAUUAGGCACAUACGAACACUUUUUAAGGCUGUCCACUAUGGAAUAUGGGGUUACUGAAAAUCCAUCCACGGCACUAAACCUCAGCAGCAUUGGCGGCAAGGAUCCCAUAUCUGGGUCCAAACCAGAUCAUGAAGAAUCACAAGAGUUGUCCAUGCGUCAACAGGUAAAUGUAGGUGCAGACAUGGGGGUGGUGAUCGCUGCUGAUGCCAAAGUUGUCAGAAACCAUGACGAGCCGUAAGCCAUCGAGUCUUGGCGAGUUUUUUUUUUUGGGUUAAAUUAGCAGGAUCUAAAUCGUUGAUCGGCUUGUAAAAAAACCUGCACAAUCGUAGAUACCUGCUUCCAGUACAUUCAGGGCGGACACGGAAGAAGCUAAAUAAUUUAUAUCAAACCUUUUUGCGUUUUCCUCCCUUUUUCCUAGGCAGGUGACCAUGACUGAACUGAUAUCCCAAAUCAUUGUACAAAUUGUUCUAGUACAUUUUUGUAGCCCUGGAAGGUUAUCCUUAAUUGGAUGACGUUUGAUUUAUGUACAUGUAGAAAGUAGAUAUAAAUUAACUUAAAAGAUAGGUCAACUCUGGUGAUCAACAAUUUUAAUAAUUUCCGUAUUCGUAUAAAAUCAAUUUACAAUUCAUGAUGUACAUACAUACAUAGUAUCUUCUGAAAACCAGGGUCAAAACUAACUAAUUUGGGAAUAUUUCCAAAUUCCCGACUUCUUAAAGCAAAGUAAAGUAAACACGUUGUCAUUUCAAUAAUAUAAAAAAAACGUUUUUUUAAUAACAAUAAAGAAUAUCUCCGAAAGUAUUGAAGUUACUAAAAUUGUAAGCUUCACGGAAUUCGAAAUUUUUUGGAUUAAUGCGAAGGUGUCUCGCAUUCUUGUGCUGGGGAUAGUUCGUAAUAUCUAACACCCGUAUUAAGUGUUCUGUGUGGACAGUCUGAUGUAAUUAAAUCAAUUUUAACAUACAUUAACAUCAAAAAUACAUUUAAAUGAUCUCAAAGUUACUUAAAAUAAAUAUUUUUUUUGUGUAAUUUGUUUUUUUUUUUACGAAAACCCAAGAAAAACGUAAGCAAAAUAAAACAUUUAGGAGUUGUCGCGCGCUGAUUUUGAAACAAAAAACGAUAGAAAGAAUAUGUAUAUAUGUACAAACGUACAUAUUUCUUUAUAUAUCCUUAUGUACUACAGGCAUAUUUCUUAUUUUUUUUUUCAAAAUUAUUUUUGUUCAUAUUUUUAAAGUAUGCCACAUUAUAAUGUUGUUUAAGCGUUUUAAUUUUUAUUCAAGGUAUGAAGCAAGGUUUGAAUUAGCAACGUGGAUGUAGAAAUAUUCUAAGAAUCUAAUUGGUUACUUACUCAUAUAUCGCAGGAUGGGUUGGGUUGGCUGUGUGACAUCGAGACUGCAACAAGAUCUGCUCGAAUCGAUUAGGGCAAUCGUUGCGUGAAAAAAACUACAGAAUAUUGUAUGAGCGACUGUUUUUUUCUUUUCAUACGUAGUGUCAACGUACAACAUACAUACAUAUACGUAUGUAUGUACAUGUGAGCGAUUUUACAUGUAAAGAAUUUCAUUCAGCAUGAAUCGAAUGAUCUACAUCUACCGUUUUUUAAAUGAUAAUGGAUUUAUAAUGAUAAUUCGCCGAAUUCAGACAAAUCGACUACGUAAUAAUUAAUAGCGAACUCUUUGCAUCCACUGAAGGCUAAGCUCGAACCAACGUGCAUACAUACAUAUUGGUUUUCUUAGAAAGAGAAGCAUGUGUGCGAGGGAUUAUUUACCAGUUCUCUCACUCGUUCAUAAAGAAGAAGCAAAAUCAUUUAAAACACCUAUUAUAAUUGUAAAAUAUUGUAUUACGAUUACUCGUAAUCGUAUAUGGACAUGCCUAUAGCAACAUGUAAUAAAAUAAAAAUUCUAUAUAUACAUAUGUAUGUAUGUAAAAAACAUAUUAAUUAAUGUAAAGUACUUCUUUGUUGUACGAAUAAAAAACAUCGCUUUUUUUUUGUUUGUCUGUAAGUAAAGUAAGUUGCAAAUGCAAUUGAAAGCAAGAAAUAAAGGUCCGUAAUAAUGGCGAGGGUUGUACAUUUUUUCGAGAGCUUAGCUAAGCAGUAACAAUAAUAAUAAUAGCGUAAAAGUAACAUAAAUAAUCAAUAAGAAACUCACUGUUGUAAAAAAAAAAAAUAGCUUAAUAACUUAAAAAUUUGUACC